AUGAUCUCCCUCCAAUCUAUUAUACUAUUACUUGGGCUUAUAGCUGUUGCAUCGGCAUGUGCUCCUCAUAUGCCUCAGAGAAGUCCUCAACGUGGAUGGUGUAAAUUCUACGUCGAUGGUUCUAGCGACUACAACAAAGCUCGUAAGAAGAGAGAUUCUGAUUCUGAUUCUGGAUCCGGAUCUGGUUCAUCUGAAUCCGAUGGAGGCAGUGGAGGAGGUGGUGGAAAGGGAGGAAGCGGAGGUGGAAAAGGAGGACACAAAUACAACCGUUCCAAGAAGAAGUCCACUAAAUGUUACGAAUAUGAAGAUGGAAGCAAAGAUGAUGGAGCUGUUCUCAAUAAGGGAGUCAAGUAUACGGUUGUUAUAACAAAAGGAGAUACCAUUGUCACCACAACGGCAAAACCAGUGGAGGUUCAACAUGGAUAUUGUGUCUUCUACGUUGACGGAACUAGUGACGUCACAGCCAGCCGCAAGAAGAGAGCCGCAUCAAAGAAGAAGUUCACCACUUCGAAGAAGAAGAAGGAUGUCAAGUGCUACGAAUACGAAGAUGGAACCAAGGAUGAGGGAGCAGUUCUCAACAAGGGAGUCAAGUACACUGUCACUAUCACCAAGGAAGUGAUCUGA